AUGGUCAGAUUGGCCUUGCUCCGAUUGUGUACCAUUCAUCAUCUCUUGCAUCGAGCGCCUGGGGACAGCCGGUCGCAAUGGGAUCUCAUUGAUGACCAGCUCGAGUCAAUCAGGGAAAAGUCUUUUCUUGAAACGCAUGCACAAGCUAUCUUAAUUUUGCGUCGCGAUCGACUUCUCAACAGAGAAGCAGCCCUUACCGAGUAG